AUGGCGCCUCCUCAGCAGGCGCGGGUCCUUCGAUGCUGCUGCUGCAGGCUUUUCCAGGCUCACCAGGUGAAAAAGAGUCUCAAAUGGACAUGCAAAGCUUGUGGAAAGAAGCAGUCGUUUUUGCAGGCUUACGGUGAGGGCUCUGGUGCUGACUGUAGACGCCAUGUGCAAAAAUUAAACCUGCUGCAGGGACAGAUUUCCGAGCUGUCACUCAGGUCUCUGGGAGAAUCCAUAAGUGCCAAUGAGGGAGAAAACGUGGAUCCUUGGCAGGCUGCCCGUGCAAGUCCACAGGAAAAACUCCAGCCCUCAAAGAACCGCUGGCUGAAAUAUCUGGAAAGGGACUCCAAAGAACUGGGGCUGAAAGAAGGAGGAGUGUGUUUCAACAGACAGCCUUCAUCCGAGAGAGAAGAGCCAGACCCUCUGUCCAGCACAGGCCUGCCUCGGAAAAGGAAAUGGAACCAGAGCACAGUUCAGCCUCCAUGUGUCCCUGAUGUCCAGGACUCCAGAAACUGUGAGGUCACCUUGAAGUCCUUGAAGGACCAUGCUGGCCUGGCAGGGAAGGGCAGAGGGAGCAGUCGUGAGGACCAGGACACCGUGGAGCUUGUUCCCCAGGGGGAACCACCGUGCCCUGCCCAGCAGGUCAGGACUGUGUCUAAGUGGGAACAAUGUCUUAUGCCACUUGGAAACAGCUCACAUUUGGACACAGAGCCCCUUACCCCUCUCCAGAGAGGCCUCCGGCCAAUCCAGGCAGCACAGGCUGAGCAGGGGACCCCCAGGGCCCAGAUUCCCAGGGAAGAAGGCCUCUGCAGGAUCCCCGGUGCACUCCAGUCUCCUCAGACCACACAUACUCCCAUACCUGGGCCCAAGAGGCUUUGUGGGAGGAUCCCUGAGCAGUCACAGGGUGCAGGCCCUUGGGCAGAGGGUGCGCCCCUGGUCAAAGGGGUGCAGGCACGUUCUUCACUCAUGCGUCUAUAUGACCUUUUUAAAACUGGAGAAGACUUCGAUGACGAUCUGUAA